UUUCCUCCCACCACAAACCCCCGUGAGUUUCUAUCGAGCAGUCCACAGUCGCUUAGAUAACUCGUUGAGGAGUCCCGGUGGAUAGAAACCCUGUCACUGCCUGGAGAAAGCAAAUGGGAACUCUUUAAAUCUCGUCGUUUUCCAUCUGAACAAAGGAUAGACCGUCAGAUUAUUAAUAUGCGUCCAUAAAAUGUAGCGCACCCUGAGAAGUGAAAACCGUCUUGUAUUUGUAUUCCAGGAGCGCAGAUGUAGUCCCAAAAAGAUCAUUUUAAAAAGUGUUUUUUCUAUAUCAAGAUGGAGCCUUAAAUCUACAGAUCCGCUGCUCUACACUCUUCUGAUUUUCAGUCCAACAAUUCCUGUGAAGAUGGACAUCGACACUCCCUAAGCGACGAGACAAGAUGGGAAAAUGGGAGUUAACUAUGGUAAGAAAAACGUCUGAUAUGAGCAAAGACAGAAAGAACAGAUCAAUGUGUGAAUUUAACUAGACCUCCAAUUUUAUGUUGUCAAUCAAAGCUGCUCACUCUUGAUAUGUUGCAAAUAGAUCUUGGAGGAUUUCUGAGCAUAUUUUGAGUACAGAUCUUAAUCUCUAAACGCUUGGGUUAUUAGUCAUCUUUAUUAUUCCAACAGCAAAUCUGGUGAAACUACUUCUAGUGGUUUGUUAUCUGUGAGAAUCUCCUGAAAGAAAAAAACAAACAAAGAAAGAAACAGACUUAGUUUGGGACCCUAGUAUUAGAAACAUGAGCUUAACUGGUAUUGAAAUGUUAUAUUUUAAUCCAUGAUGAUGAAAAUAAAGCAGAUGUUUGGCUUUAUCUUGCUUAAACUCUAUGCUAUGUCUUGAGAAAUAGGUUAAAAAUCUAUUGUAUUGCUGUGUUGAUGAGUCUGUAUUUUAUAAACAGAAGAGUCUAUUCUGGUUUUCCUUUUUUUUUUUUUAUUGACAGCAGUAAAUUUAAUCUGUCUCCAGCAGAUAAACCUUUAAAUGUUAUGUAGCCGUCUCAAAUAGUCUUAUUCAGAUUUAAAGUGGCCUCUAGCUUCACUGCCACUGACUGACAGUAGGGCACAAGCCACAGUUUCCCAUCUGUGUAGAAAACAAUGCAGUUUCUGUGAGGAACAAUGGGGGCUGUGUGAUACCGAUCAGCACCGACAAUCACAGCAAUGAAUCUGUUGAAAAAGGAUUUUACAUGAUCACUUAAAUAAGAGGUUGCAAGUCAUCUCAUGGUGAUAUGAACUUUGGAAAUUAAGGAAAAGGCAAUAGUGGCUCAAAGACGUAACUUUAGUCUUACAUUGUUAGACCAUUACACAGAUAAGACAGUUUAAGGCAAAAGAUAAUGCACGAUUUUACAGAUAGAAAAAGAUUUUGAUACACAUUAAUAUUCACUUGCUUUCCAGGGCCUCCAUGAUUUGUAAAAAAUUUGCAUAUUGAGCAGAUAGAUUCACCAGGAGUAAUGCAAAUCAUGUUACUGGGGUGUGUGUGUGUGUGCUGCCAAAAAGUCAAACCCUCAGCAUUUACAGGACACUUCCUCGACUGGAGCACACAGUCAUAACCUGCCUGUUACUCGUCUAACUUCUCCACCCAUGAAAUCGGCUAUGUGAUUUUUGCAGGAGCCUUGUAAUUUCUUGGAAAGAGACUCAGAAAGUUGCAUGAUGGGAAAUGUAGGAUAUCUCAGUCCCAGUUUCUGAGAUUAUUAUUAUUUACUCAAAUAUUGUAGUAAAAUGAUUGCCAACUUUUCUAUGGCUGUCUCUUUAUAAGAUUAAAUAUUUAUGAUUUCAGAUUGAAACGACAGAUGUUUAAACUCUAAAGGUGCAAUGUCUUGACUUUGUUUUUAUCAUAACAAGUUGAUCGUAUUAACGCUUAAAGAUAAAAUCUGCAUUUUUAUUCGCAGGCCCUUUGGAUGUACUAUAUUAUGCACGACAGCCUUUGUCCUGCUCGGUUUUAACAUUGAUUAACCCCUUUAUCGAGGGUUUUGUGUGUUGUAUCAAGUGCUGUUGAGCCCUCUUGGGAAGCAAUCACUCAAACGCUGAUGAAUAUUUAUGAUUCAGAUCAAACAAGGCUUGUCCUGUUCUCAGUUUUAGUCCUGUAAGUUCAAAGAAGAUGAGGGUCACUGGUGUCAGCGUGGAGACCUCAAAAUCUCUUAUAUUAUAACUUCUGAUCUAGAAGCUUUCGGACGUUUAGAUAUUGUUUACCAUGUGUUCGAUUAUCCACAAACAUUUAUCUGAAAUUCCAAAUUCUAGAAAAGGUGUUGAACAGGUUGAGUGUACAAAAGAAAAUUCACCAGCUGAUGUUAUUUGGGUUCACAUGGGAUUAGUAUGAGUCUUGGUGUGUUUGUGUGUAAGCGUAGAGUCAUCAUGAAGGCUUGUUACUAUUUUAAACCCCUCAUGGCCCAGGCUGACCUUUCUGUUGUGACCAGUAUCAUGACUAUAUUUAUAUCUGUGUGUCUUUCACCUGCACCUGUAAUCUUCCCUCAUUGUGAGUAUUCAUUUGUGCAUCGAACCUUUUUCUCUGCCCAGAACCCAGUGCAGGAGUGGGGUGAGGAGUAUGAAGCCGGGGCGAUCUAUGGGGUCACCCUGCGCCGGGAGCCCGUCCCCUCCUCCCCUAGCCCGGGUGAGACAAGUCCGAGCUGUGCUUUCAUCCAGUACCGAACCUGCAAAGUGCGGCGCCUGAAGGCCGCUACCCUGGAUAUCCUUGUGAAUCAGCUCCUUAACCCCGGCUGCCAGGAGCAGGACUACAGCAGGAUCUUCCUCUCCACAUACAGAACCUUCACUGGAACCUCAAACCUCAUAGAGAUGCUCUUCCAGAGGUACGAACUCUUUUGAACACUUGAAGCCUAGUUUUGUCUGUCUGUUUGUACCCAGAACGUAUUUACUAAGAGUGAGAAGACAAGUUCGAUAGCACUCUGAUGUGUUUGUGGGGCCUGUGAAUCGAUGUGUGAUUGUUUCCAGAUUGGACAUUUACCAGUUUCUUAUCUUAACAAUCUUAACUUUGAGCAGAGGAUCCCCUAUUGUGCUUGACUCAGGAAAAAAAACAACUUUGCAUUUGCAAAAGUCACCUUGUUGAGUCAAGAUCUUUUUUAGUUUCCCUGACGCAGCAACCAGCUCCUGGCAGGUUUGAUGUAAUAAUAAGUACCUGGCAGGUGCUCAUUAUCUUGAGGCUUUCAACAACAACAACAACAAUUAUGCACAGAGCAGUUUUAGACCGCGGUCGGAAUGAUUUAAGGGUCAGGUGAGCUGCAGACUGGAGCAAAUAAUAAUUUAAGUAUUUCAUUAAGCUUACAGACAAAAACAGCCUUGAGAGGAUGGUACAUCAUUUUUUUACAUGUUGUUUUUUCCCUGUAGAGACAGUGCUGCCUCAGAUCUCGACAACAGCGAAUACUACAGAAGGUGAGAGGACGAAGACAUGUUUAUAAAACUAAAUUUUCAUGGGCUGGUGUCUCUGUGGCUUUAAGUUUAACCUUAAUGAUUUUUCCACUUCCUCCCUAGCCCCCUGUUGGCCUUUGUCCAGACAUGGUUGGAUGAGUACAGCGAGGACUUCAGGGACCCUCCUCUGCACCUUCCACUCAGGCUGUUGUUGGACCACUUGAGAAUCAGCUCUGCUGUUUACGACAACAUUCACUGCCAGCCCAACUUUUGCUCGUUGGCUGGUCAAGCUGAAGCUCUGCUUAAGAGAUUCCAGGAUGAAGGUGAUCCCCUGUUACAUAGUCGAAUAAAAACAGGCUAUUGUCCAUGUGCCCUCUCAUGCAGGAAGCUAUCAGCAACGUGAAAAUUCCUCCUGUAAAAAUCAAUGAUUACAUUCCUGCUUUUCUGUAGGAGCUGAGACACAGACGAGUCCUGCUCAGGCAGAUCUGGAGGGUUCUGGUGGUGAGGAUUCGGGAUGUGACAGCUCUCUGGAUCAAGGAGGCAUCAUGGAUUUCUCAGCCACAGCGAUCGCUGAGCAGCUCACCCGGAUAGACUCUGUAUGUUCAAUCAAUCAAUCAAUCAAUAACUUUAUUUGUCAUAAAAAACACUAAAGCACAAUAAUCAAAAUCAACAUGACUAGAGAAACCUAAAAUCAAAAAUACAAUUAAUCAAAACACCACAAACAGCUACCUUUACCUCCAUGAAUUGAGAAAAGAGAUGGUAGAAGGUAUGAAGGAAUGUUUAUAUCUGUUAGUUUUAGGAAGAGGAACUCUGAUCAAUGAACCAGAUGGAGGAAACUGACACUGAUCAUGUAGAGGAUGGGAACAGUCAGACAGGAUGGAUUUUGCUUUCUUGUACAGCUGUUUGUUUUACAGAUCCUGUAAAGUUCCCUGAACAGAGCCAGUUAUUUUACUGUAGACAUUAACCACCUUGUUUAGAACAUUUUCCUGUUUUACCUUUAGUGAUGAAAACCAACAGACCAGAGGAAAAGUUAUCUCAGAUUCAAUAUAAGAAAGAAAUGUCAGGAGAUGUACUUUAUAUGAAGAUAGUCCGAAUGAGUGAUCAAAGACUAAAGACGGUUUCUCUUUGUUUUGUUUUUUUCAGGAUUUAUUCGUCAAAGUGGUGCCCUACCAGUGUCUGGGCUGUGUUUGGUCACAGAGGGACAAAAAAGAAAACAUGUCUCCCACCAUCAGGGCCACGAUUGCGCAGUUCAACGCCAUUACCAACCAUGUGAUUAUGUCCCUGCUCUGCCGGCCGACAGAUGCCUCCUCCAGCCCUCCUUCCUCUCGGCGAUCUCCCACUACACCAGCUCAACGAGCCGCCAUCAUCGAGAAGUGGAUCAGAGUAGCACAGGUCAGUAAAUAAAGGUGUUGUCUGUUUUUACUAGAGAAAGGACACGAUCAUGUUUGAAUAUUUGUUUUCAGUGUGGUUUUGUUCUUCUGCAGGGUUGUUAUCAGCUGAAGAACUUCUCCUCCCUGAAGGCGAUCCUGUCAGCUCUUCAGUCCAAUGCAGUUUACAGGCUGAGGAAGACCUGGGCCGCUGUCAGCAGGUGAAGUUUGGCCUGUUUCACUUUUAUGGUGUUUUAUAAUCAUCCUUUAAUGAGGCCACUAAACCCUCGUAAACUGUAAUCCAGUGUCAGUGCUGUAAGUCAGCAAAUGUCUGGCUUUCUGAUGACCCAUAUUCAAUAACACAGAAGCUGAAGUUAGCUAUUAUUCCAUGGAGGACUGAAACAUAACUUUAUGUUUUUAUAUCUAUUAUGUAAAAGUCUGGUCAUCGAGCAUGUCGUGACAUGUCAUAUUUUAGCACAGGUUGGUGUGUAACACGGUUAGUUAACCAUUGAAGACCUGCUGUUGUUUUUUGGGUUAAAUAUCUGCACAGUCACAACAUAUUGUCUCUGCUCCUCUCCACAGGGACAGCAUGGCCACAUUUGAUAUCCUCUUGGAAACCUUCCCCGAUGAGAACUGUGUCCUGACCAACAGAGAGCUCCUGGUGGAGGUGAGGAGGAGCAUUUGUGCAUUACUUAUUUGUGUUUAGAUUUACCUUUGAAUGUGAAGUUUAACUCAAACCACCAGUGAGUCAAAAAUAAUCUAAAUUAGAAUCAAUAGAGAGACGAUAUAACUUUGCUAUAAACUACCAUGUACAGUGUAUAUAAAUAUAGAUAGAGAUAUAUUGAUAUAUAGAUAUAGAUAUUCCUACUUACCCAGCCAAGCUAGAAUGACUUACAUAUAUCAGUUCACAAAACUAGGCCAGAUUUAGCGAGUGAGGCGGUUAUAGAUAUAUGUAAUGCUAUCUAGCUGAGUUGUAAACACUGCCACAUUAUUUCCAGACAAAAGUUACUGAUGAAGAGGAAUUUUUCCAAUAACUUGACCUAGGACUGUGAGCCGAGUUCGUUUUUGACCUUCACAUGUAUCCCAGGGUUAAUGUUUACCAAUGCAAACAGGUCAACCAGCUGCAGCUGUUUCAGGCUUUCAGUUCCUGCAGGAACGCAAACUUUUAGCCACCUGGACCAAAUACUAAAAUGACAGCAUAGGGAAUACAGAAUUUAAACACAACAGAAUAUAAACUUUAGAUUAAGAACACAUUAAGAAUUCAUCUGUGGAAAUGAUUUUCAGUGUUGGCACUCAAAGCCUCCCGUCAAUCAUUAAAGAUUCACUUUUUUUUUGGUUAAAUGAGCGUGAACACAGAGUUAAUGGAGAACUGGAAAUCUCAAGAACAUUAUGUUCCCUCUUUUUAUUUUCAUGUAGUCUGCCUGAGGCGACUGCGUCAGAGGAGGCCUGUGUCUAGUUACACUGGAAGAACUCUGAAGUCAAUAGAUCAUAGAUAGACAAAUACUCGCUGUAGUACUCGCAGCAAGCAACAAACAAGGGGUUUCCACAUGUGUUUGCUGUUUGAAAAAUACUAAAAUCUCUAAUACCUUACUUAAGUUUUGGUCCUUUAUUUUCAACUUUUCAUUUUUGUAUUUGAGUGCUUCUUAAUCCAUGUGAACACACUCUGAAAUAUGCCUCGACUCCGCACUUUCGGACACUUAUGGGAGUGUCCCUUUCACAAGAUCAUUAUGAAACAGGAUUUCUAGGUUAAUGUUUUCUAAGUACUUAUUUUGUUUGGAGGAUCAGAUUACAAUCUGCUCUUAUUCUUCAUUGAAGCUCUCUUUUAAGUGCCUUUUUGCACACUCACAGUUGAAGAUAGUUCAUAUUUGAUGUCUGAGUAUCAUCUUUAUUUCUGUGCCUUUAACAUCCAACUAAACAUGGCUUUGUCUGACACACUUUAACAGGACAGAGGCCAAGCCACCAUGGAUAGCAUUUCGCCAAAGAUAUCCAAGCGAAGUCCAGUCAGACAGAUGGUAAGCAAUACCUCAGAUCAGGAAAGACUGAGGACUUAAGAAGCCCUGUGCGAUAAAGGUUCAGUCUAAGCUCUAAGCAGUAACUUUACUUUUCUGCCAUCCCAAUAAUUUCCUCUAGGACCCGAGGCCGAGUUCAGUUCCUUCUGUAUUGUAUAACACUAAAUGCUACAAGAAAGCUUGUUUCACUCAGUGUGGGCAGAGUAUCUUUGGUAUGGCUGGGACCCAGACCUAUCUUUAACCUCACUGUGUGUUAGCAAGUCUCAAAUGGCCUCGGAUCACCAGGAUUAUAGGGCAGUCAUAAUAGACCAGACCAGAGUCUUUUAUGAGUCAUAUGCACAUUCUCCUCAGCUGUAACACGAACCCAUGACGCUGCUGCUAACUGGGUUUGGUUCUCUGUGAAUGUCAUCUAGUCUCCACCUGUUUAUUAAAAAAACAGGCUGAUAACUGUAUUUAAAUGACAUGGGCGUUCAGUGGUGCAGUAACGCUUUAAUGCCUUCAACUACAAAUUAUGGCCAGAAAAUUCAAAAUGUUAAUGAAAUGUUAAUUUCACUAACUGCUAAAAAACCAAAAAAAUCAAAAUGUCCUUAAAAUUUAACAAAUUUAUUUAUCAUGUUUUUGGAAACUGAUAAACCAUUUCCAUCAUUUAUUGGACUGAAUUCAGGUGUUUUUUUUAGGAAUUUGUUUAUCAUAUUAAUUUGAUAGACGUAUCAUAAAAGUAUGUAUCAAAUAUGAUGCAAAGGCACUAAAAGGACUGUUUUCUCCCUGCAGAGUACUUCCAGCGGACUGGUUCCUUACCUGGGCACAUAUUUGACCGUCCUCACCAUGCUGGACACUGCUCUCCUAGACACUUUGGAGGUACAUAAUACAACUUAAAAACACAGUUUCUCAGUAGAACUGAUGUGUUUUUCUUAUUAAUUUGAUUUAUAUUCAUGAUAAAUUCUUCCAUUUUCAUGACAGGGUGAACUCAUUAACUUUGAGAAGAGGAGGAGGGUAAGCGCUUACUCUUUGUGUCAUCUUUUAUGUUUUCCUCUUAUACUUUUCUUUCAUAAUGUCUCAAACAACAACAACAAACAAAAAAAACAGUGUUCACGUAACAUUCCUCGUAGCAUGUGUAUGUAGUGAGGAGUGUAAAGUCUAUUCAUAUUGUCCAAGUAAACAGAGAGGCUCAUUGUCAGACACUUGUUUUUUUAGCACCUGACGACACUCAUCAGGCAGGAGCCCUCUUGUUUUCCUUUGUAAAUAUUUGCACAUGUCUUUGAGAACACUUUCCGAUAGUUUUGUAGCUUUUGGAAACAGUGCCGUCGCUGUGUAGCACUUCGUUGCCUUAAGCAUGUUAUGUAACCAUAUAGAUGUCAGUCGUCAGGGCAUCUUGCAACCUCCGUCACCUUGUUUACCCUUGACUCUUCCUUCUCCCUGCAGGAGUUUGAAGUUCUGUCUCAGAUCCGUGUGCUGCAGACAUCCUGUUCCCAGUACAAUCUGUCCACCGAUCCCAGAAUUGCCGCCUGGCUGCAGGGACACAAGCUACUAAGUGACCAAGAGAGGUGAGCUAGAUGAAGUUUGAACCACUGCUCCACCUUACAUAUCUGGAUCACCUGCAGAGAAAGUCAAAUAAAAGAUCAGUUAUAUAAUCUGAAUUAUAGAUGGUAAAAAACUCUCACCAGAAGAGUUUGAGAGUUCAUUCUUGCAAAUGAACGUCAUAACCUGCAAUAUAUGGAUCAAAAUGUCUCAUCAAACUGAAUAAUGGCGUGUGGAUGGUAAGCUAGUCCUUAUCAGCUGUGAGGAGGGUGUAACCCUGACAUUGUGGUUGCCAUGUCACUGAAAACACCUGCUUGACAUUUACAGUAUGAUAUAUUGUCGCCUACGCUGGUAACAAACCUCUAGUAGUGAUAAAACUCAUCAUUGUUUCAUUUUUAGCAACAGAAGUAGAUGAAAAUUUUGUUUAUUUAGAGUAAUGCACUGCAGUAAAGCACGCAAAGUGAUGCAAAAGGGAUAUUUGGGACUGCAGGAACUAUGAUAAGUAUAUUUCAGGUAUGCAUGUGCAACAGGGCAAACUUAAAGCUGCUUUUUAAACAAGGUGUCUCAAUGAAGAUUGUGCUCCAUAAGUGCUCUCAGGACUCAUUUCUGUGUGUGUUUUUUUUUUUUUAGCUAUGAACUGUCGAAGCAGCUAGAACCUCCUGUGGAUUUAUGCUCACCCACUCCAUGGAGCCACCGCACACUCACAAAGAAACUCUCCUCGUGAGUAUCAUUUCUAUGGUAACAAAGUGCAUAUUUUACUUUACACUGACCAGCACACAACACACAAACAAUAAGUUAACCGCUACAAACAAGACAUUUUUAACCCCUUUCUCCACCCAACAAUCGGGGAAACCAAAGUUUGAGCUUGAUAAGGAUUUUGUCCGUGGUCUUCUGAUUCAAUCUCAAAUUCUAUCUGUUUUCAGCCUCCUGACAGUCAAUGACGGAUCUAAAAAAGUUCCCACUGACCAGAUCAGUGUCUCAUCUUCUGGAUCUAGUGCGUCUGAGUUGGAAGAUCUCUCCUCUCCAAACUCGGCAUGUUCCAUAAGAAUGCAGGUAAACAUCUGUGUGUUUGUGUGUCCAUGUCCUUGCUUCAUAGUCUUGUUUUCUGUCUAUACUUCUCUUCAGGUUUGCCAACAAUAGUGUGUUUGUUAAAGCUGGGUCAUGGCAUCUAGAACAGCGUGUACUAUUUAUUCAUCACUAUGGUCCAAAUUUCCACUUGGACUCAUUAACAAUCCUCCUCUUGUUGUUGUUUCCUUCUUUUCACAGUCGUUUCACAACUCUUGCAACAAUGUGUCAGAGGCCUUUUCCUCCACCUCGUCCUCUUCCUCGUCAUCGUCCUCUUCCUUCUCCUCUCCCUUCCCCUGCGCGGCUACCACUCCAGGCUCCCCGACUCCUUCUAGCUCCUCCUCAGAUUGCCAGACAGAUCAUAGUACGCCAGUAACAUCCCGCAGCGGUGCUCGUCCAAAGCCUGCUCCAGCUUCCCACCACAAACGCUCCGUGUCCAUGACCUCCCUGCCGGUGUAUAACCGCCAGGUGGCUGACUCCUGUAUAAUCAGGGUGAGCGUGGAUUUGGGCCACAACAACGGAAACAUGUACAAAAGCAUUCUGGUGAGUUCAUCCUUAAAUACUCCAUUCAGAAGUUUGAAAUCUACAUCUUUUGACCCUUUCUCUUAACUAUAUUUGCACCAUGGAAAGUAUUCUUACCCUCAACUCAAUAGUGGAUAAAAUCAGACCUAAAAAUACGCAAAUAGUGAAAAUAAAAAAAAGAUUUUUCCCCUGUGAAAGUUUCCUAAACGUGUAUCACAAACACUUGACUAAAAGUUGUCAAAUUGCAUAUUUCAAGUCUCGUGCUGAACUAAAAUUGGCGCCCCGUCUAGCUCUGAUGCCUCCUCGAUCACAUGUCAGGUUUUAGGUGAGCACAAGAGAAUUUCAACUAUUCUUCCCAGAGCAGCUCAAAUAUCCAAGUCAUGAACCAAAAAGCAAAACACAUUUUUGAGCAGAGGUUAGUUUUGUCCUGAAUGCUUCUCUCACACCCGUCAAUAAGUCGUGUUUAUUGAAUCUUUGUCCUCUGUAGUUGACCAGCCAGGACAAAACUGCACAGGUGAUCCAGAGAGCGCUGGAGAAACAUCAUCUGGAGCACAUGAACUGGCGUGACUUCACUCUGUCACAGGUCAUCACCCAGGAAAGAGGUCCGAAAACAUUCUGACUAUUUAAAUAAUCCUCUAAAUAGUUCUGAAGUUACCCUUCUGACAGUGCGUGUUAUUUCUUUCUGUUUUCAGAGUUGCUAAUACCGGACAAAGCGAACGUCUUCUACGCCAUGUCCACGACAGCAAACUUUGACUUUGUUUUGCGGCAGCUCCAUAAAUGCCAGAAGAAACCGCUGAAGGCCACGUUGAGUCUGGGACGAUAUUCAAAGUAGAUCCUCACGUCUUCAGAUCCUAAAUGGGAAACUAUUUUUAAAAAAAUGACCUUUUAUUAUUGUUUUAAAAACAGGAACCGCCCAUCCUAUUUUAGUAACCAGAUAACUAAACAUGUGACUUUUUUAAAUGUAACUAAAAAGACGAUGCAAAGCACUUUAAAAAGAAGAAGAAGAAGAAGAAUGUCUGACUUGAUGAAAAGUGAUGGAUUUUCAAGGAGAAAGCUCGGGAUCGGACGUGUUUUUAUAUCCUGUUGGAAAAAAGCUUGAAAAACAUUGACUCCUUGUUCACAUGGUUUUAUGGUGUUGAUCCGUGUGAAAAUACUGAUUGAUUUUUCUCUGAGACUGCAGCUACUUGUCACUUCUACUCACACAAGGGCAUCAACACACACUCCCCCCAGAGGACAACACGCGCCCACAUCAGGGAUCUAUUUAUACACGGACACUUUAAAACGCCUGGCAGCUCCCACAUAAACCCAUGUCUUAAAUAGGGAAUGGGGGUCAGAUGCACUGUUGGUAUCGAACUCUUGGGAUCCCCCCCGACAGGUUGUCACCCUCUCAAAAGGAGAUGGCUCAUGUGUUGCUGUGGACUUGCCAUCUGAGGAGUGGGCGGGGACUGUGUAUCACCAGAGAUCACAGUGUUCCCGGUGAGUUUCAGCACACAGUUGCUGUGACACUGAUAGCAUGUGGCCAACCCUGACUGGAAGGAUGGCAUUCCUGGGCCUGCGUAACCAUGGCGGCAGCAGGUACUUUGACGGAUGGGACUGGAUGUACACAAGCAGAUUACAACUGCAUCUUGGUGAUAGGGGUGACCUGUUUGUGCCCCUGCUUUGACGUAAUAAGUUUGACUUUCAGAGCUGAGAUUUUUUAUAUUUCUUGUAUUUAUUUUCACUGUACUUUCACUGCUGUUCACUCUGAUUUGAUUUCACUUUCAUUCGGUUAACAAAUUUGGAUGAUUCACUCGUUCGCUUUGAGUUCACGCUUCACUGGUAUGAACAUUUUUGAAAAUAUCUUAAAGAAAAGUUCAUUUAACCCUUUAAUAUGAUCUCAAAUGUCUUACUUUUUGAUGAUUUGUGAGAAUAUUUAAAUUGUUAAUGACAUUUUUUUUUAUUUUGCUCAAUUUGUAUUAAGAAGUAUGUAGACUGUUAAGAGUUUGGUGCAAGAGGUGCUCAAACAGCCUGAUUUUAAGCAGAAGGAGGAGUUUCGACUAAACAUUUCAAUGACGUUAAUUGGCGUCACAAGUCUGGUGACAUGUUGGUAGCGAUCUGAUUUUCAAACUGAUAAAUCCACGGGCUGUAUUCAUGAAAGGGGAAGAGUUGUUCACCGAAGUGACCCAAUGACUUAAAUUAAAGGUUGUAUAACUCAGACUUGUGUCCAGAGUGUCGGCGAGUCAAAAGUCUUGCUCCAGGGCAAAGACUGCAAACAGGUAAAGGAACAGAAUUCUUGUUGAGUGUCUCUACCUGAAGGGAUCCUGAACAUUUUAUUCACAAGGGUAUAUCUCUGGGAACUCUGCAGAAUUGUCUAACCCCAAUAAAUCUCUGCUUUUACUGUACUGUGUAAUUAAUCAAAACAAUGUCGCAGUUUCUAGUUAAAAAAGUAAGAAAAUCCAGGAUUUUAUAUGCAUUUCCACACUGUACUGAAAACUGCCUAAUAAACACCUGUUCUGUCCUAUUUGUCUGUCUUGUUCCAGUUAUGAAGUCCAGUAUAACCAUAAAUGCCUCUUGCAGGAAUGCCAACUUUCAAGUUAGACAAUACAAGAUAAGCUGUAUCAACAUCAUCUUUGAAAUGACAAGACUGGAAGACUGAAGUGAUAUUUGCAAAGGUCAAACCAGGACUACAAAUAUUAAACCCUACACUGUUUCCACAUCAGCCCUGCACCUUGUUUUCUUUCUAACCUUUCCUGUUAUUUACAAAAGGAUGGGUACAUGUUGAUUGACUGAUUGAAGUUUAUUUUGAAUAUGCAAACCAAAAAAAUAUGAAAAAUAAAACAAGAAAAGUAAGGCAACACAUUUAAACAUAAAACAUCCCUCCCCUUUACAUAAUAAUUACCCACACCAAGGUUCCUUGCAACUUGUUAAAUGUACCUGAUAAUUAUAGAUAAAUAAGUAUGUAAGGAUAUAUACAUGACUAACAGAUACAUAAUUCAAAUGACAUAAAACAUCAUGUUAAAUAAUACUAAUGAAUGUUAACUAGACUGCUGUGAUUAAAAUUAUUUUGGGAAGGCUUUCACUAAAAUGAACAGGGAAACUAAGAGAUAAACAGUCUGGAAACCAAUUAUGAUUUAAUGUUUUGAAAGGACAGACAUUAAGUCACUCUAUAAACAACCUAUUUAAUUUUUUUCUGCUCAACAAGUAAGAAAAACAAAACAAAACAGACAUUUGCUCAAAAUGUGUUUAUUUUCAACCAUUUUGUUGGACUAAUCAGCCUUAUCCAUAAUUGCACUAACAGCAAAGAAAGCCAUUUAUUAUCACAGAUUGUUGCAGCAAUUAGUAAUAAACCGCUUUAUAUUUUAAUUGCGUUGGUAUACUUUUUGUCACAACCUCCUUAACGUCGUUCAUAGGCUACGUGGGCGUGGGUUAUAUGGAGCGUGGUUUGUACUGUUCUGUUGCGUUCGAAUCACCUCGGAAGUCAGAGGUCGGAGCUGAAAAUGACGUCAUACC